AUGGCUCAUGAAGACUCCAGACUUGGAAACUUUGGUAUUGAGCCAGAAAGUGAUAGUCAUGACAGCCAGUCUGAAGCUGAGGAUGGGAAUGAGGAUGGACUUGGAAACUUUGACAUCAAGCCAGAAAGUGACAGUGAUGACAGUCAGUCCGGAGCUGAGGAUUGGAAUGAGGAUGUCGACAUCACCUAUUUCGAUACCCCACUAGCUGAGUGCUUGUCUAAAGCCGAAGAUGUCCCUUCACAUCUAAUAAACAAGUGUGGUGCAAUACCUGGAAACAAAGUCCAUUAUGGAGGGACCACAAUCAAUGGCACUCCAGCAGAAUGCACCUGA